AUGCUGUGUCAUCAUCCUCCUCCUUUAUGGCAGAUUCCAAGAGCUGGUUUCGGAUAUUGGCUGGUGAGGAAAUAUAUUAUUUCUGAAGAUGGAGAAGUUGAUGUUCGAGUUGCAGUCACAUGUAUUAUCCUGAGCACGAAAGACACCCCUUUGGCAAUGGCUGCAGUGGGGUCUUGUUUGGGUGUAUACUACAUGAUCACGAAGAUUGUAAGGAAAAUGCCAUGUAGGAUCUAUGCAACCCUCAAAGAGCUCAGCCUUGGUAUGAUGGAGAAGGAAUGGAAUGUAUCAUUCCAUUGGAAUGGACGAUUCAUGAAUGAAUGUAAUUCCUUCCAUUUUCUGGAAUUUAUGAAGAGGAACAAUUUUGUUUGCCCUAAAGUUGCUUAUGAAACAGCAACUGCUUUGCAGAAUGUAUCAUUCCAUUGGAAUGGACGAAUCUUGAAUGAAUGUAAUUCCUUCCAUUUUCUGGAAUUUAUGAAGAGGAACAAUUUUGUUAGCCCUAAAGUUGCUUAUGAAACAGCAACUGCUUUGCAGAUUUGCUCUUGA